UUUGGGAGUUGAUCGUCAGAUCUCAUAUCCCGUUCGAGCAGGUGACGGCAGCCGGACAUUUUUGGGCGUUGUCCAUCUCGGGAUUGCGAGCGAGAAAGAAAGAACGGAGAGCCCCUUUUCGUUCUUCUAUUCUGAGCCCACAGCACCACCCAACAACCAAGGGGAGACACAGAAAGAGGUUGCAGGCUUUGUGUCUCCUCUUAGAAGACAAAGAGAGGCUAGAGAAGUUAUAAGCAAAUGGGACCAAUGGAUUAUGAAAGUAACAGUUGGAUAUGGGAUGGUGUGUGUUACUACCCACAUUUGUUUGGUGGUUUGAUGCUCACAGCGGCCUUGCUUGGAUUUUCUACGAGUUAUUUCAGCGGGAUUGGAGUACCAUCUUUGCCAUUCUUCUGGUCUGAUUUUGGUAUCUUCCAGAAAAGAAAGAGCGAAAAGAAGCGCAUUCGGGUCUACAUGGAUGGGUGUUUUGAUCUCAUGCAUUUUGGUCACGCCAAUGCGUUGAGGCAAGCGAAGGCUUUGGGAGAUGAGUUGGUGGUGGGUGUUGUAAGUGAUGAAGAAAUCAUAGCGAAUAAGGGUCCACCAGUAUUACCAAUGGAAGAAAGGCUGGCUCUCGUUAGUGGUUUGAAGUGGGUGGAUGAAGUUAUUUCCAACGCCCCAUAUGCAAUUACUGAGCAAUUCAUGAACAGACUCUUUAAUGAGCAUAAGAUUGACUAUAUUAUUCACGGAGAUGAUCCAUGCCUACUUCCAGAUGGGACUGAUGCAUAUGCCUUAGCUAAGAAAGCUGGACGGUUCAAGCAGAUCAAGCGUACUGAAGGAGUCUCCAGCACCGAUAUCGUAGGAAGAAUACUCUCUUCCAUUAAUGAUGCUAUGGAUUCAGAAGAUCACAAUGCAACAUCCAUGAAUGGAGAUGCUAAAAAAGGAAGUCCGUCCCAUGGUGCCCUUUCUCAUUUUCUACCAACAUCACAACGUAUUGUACAGUUUUCAAAUGGAAGGGGGCCUGGACAAAAUGCUCGUAUUGUGUACAUUGAUGGGGCUUUUGAUCUUUUUCAUGCAGGACAUAUUGAGAUUCUCAAGAGUGCUAGGCAGCUUGGAGACUUUUUACUAGUUGGCAUACAUAAUGAUCAGACUGUGAGUAAACUCAGAGGGAAGCAAUUUCCAAUUAUGCAUUUGCACGAACGUAGUCUCAGUGUGCUGGGUUGCCGGUAUGUCGAUGAGGUGAUCAUCGGUGCACCUUGGGAAAUUACAAAAGACAUGAUAACUACUUUCAAUAUAUCUUUAGUUGUGCAUGGGACUGUUGCUGAAAAUAACUCUUUUGCUGGCGACAGUGAUCCGUAUGCCGUUCCAAAGAGUAUUGGAAUUUUCAAGUUGCUUGAAAGCCCUAAAAACAUUACCACUACUUCAAUAGCCAAAAGGAUAGUUGCCAAUCACGAUGCUUUUAAGAAACGAAAUGCCAAGAAAGUGGAAAGCGAGAAGAAAUACUAUGCAGAGAAGAAAUACAUAUGUGGGGAAUAAAUGGUUUUGGUUUACAAUUUACUAUUCGGCCUUAGGAAUGUGGUUGUUGUAGCUCUUGUUUCUGAAGAUCUUCGGUACAGAUUUUUCCCAUGAAGAUAGGUUUAGAACAUGGAAGGAGUUGCAUCCUUAAGAAUUUGACAUGGCAGUUAACUUUGUAAUUUCACUGUAGGCGCUAUAAGCUGCAGCUAGAAUAGAUCAAAAUUGGGACACCAAAACUCUCAACUACACAAACAAUUUGCUAUUAUGCGUGUAAACGUCCAAAUCGUAUAGGUACCAUCUUGUGCCUUUAUUGGCUUUGUUUUUUCUUUUCUUUUAUUUUUUCAGGUAAUUUAGGUGUUGGUUGUAUUGUUCUGAAAGAAAGCAGUAAAAGCAAUAUUUAUUAUAUUAUUUGAUUGCUA